AUGUAUGCAGUCAUCGGAAUACCACUGUUCUUCAGUUAUUUGUCAAAAACCGGUGACAUGAUGGCUUCACUCUUUCGUCUGGCAUAUGCUCGAGGAUGCAAACCCAUCUUCCGAAUGCUCAAGCGGCGACGAGGACGCUCGUCAACGAAGAUUGGAAUAUAUAACUCGGUGCAAUCACUAGCGCUAAUUGCCAAUUUCGAUGCAUCGGUAUCGCGUUUGAAUCGAAGAGGCUCGACAGCGUCGAAUGAUUCGGGAAAUCUAAGAGGAAAUCCCUCACUUCAUUCCUAUAAGACGACGAGAAGUGAAGAAUCUCCCCAGACCUCACGCGUGCUGAAACGAUCUAAAAGCACCAGAGCACGUGGACAAUCCAGAGGAAAAAAUCCACGAAAUCUAAAGCGUUCCGUUUCAUCACGGAGCCUAAGAGAGCUGAGACGAAAUGCAGUAGCUGCGGCUGGUGACGGUAAAACAUCUGAAAGUAGCCAUCACCUUACUCCUGGCAAUAAGCUAGCUAUACCCCAAUCUACUAGUUUGGACUCGACGAAUAGACAUGUGAAGAAAAUGUUGGCUCAAGUUGGAAAUGAUAACGUUUCAAUGAAAAGCGCCAUUAUUAAUGGGCCGAGUGUGAAUGGGGUCAAAAGGAAGUUGAUCAUUCAAAAUGUGCCCAAACCACAAACAGAGGAAAGGAAGAUCAAUGUACCAAUCAGUCUGACAUUGUGCAUGAUGUUCAUCUACAUUCUGAUUGGAGCCACAGUUUUCAGCAUGUGGGAAAAGCAAGAUUACAUCAGAUGGUCGUAUUUCUGCUUUGUCACGCUGUCAACGAUUGGCUUUGGUGACAUCGUUCCGGGUAAGCCAAGAAAAGCUCCCCUUUGUUCCAUUCCUUUGUUCCUUAAAAUAGAUGAAUGGGCGAAAUAG